AAUAUGUUCCCCAUACUAAAGUGUUACCAUGUUUUUUUUUACUGGUGCACAAAAUGAACCGUGCAUGAACAUCACCUUGUUCAAACAACAAAACCCAACACAGUGCAUGAACUCAAAACAAAUUACACACCUGCAAAUCAGUCACCUGUUGCCGUAUCCGUAAUACGCCGAUAAGGAGAAGUUUGUAUUUACACGAUGAAUCGGGUGUGUUUUGACCUCCGCCGAACCCCUGAGGCCGACUCACCGAACCCCUAGGGUUCGAUCGAACCCAGGUUAAGAACCACUGCCCUAGUGUGUGAAUCUGAGUGUGAAUGUUGUCUGUCUGCCUCCUUCAGGACAAGCUCUACAAAAUGUGAGUGGACCCCUGCCUGGUUGCCUGGAUUUCGAACUACCUCACCGACAGGCCACAGUACGUCAGACUGGUGGACAUCACAUCUGACACUGUGAUCAGCAGCACCGGAGCACCGCAGGGAACGGUGCUGGCCCCUUUUCUCUUCACCCUGUACACCGCUGACUUCUGCUACAACUCAGAGCUGUGUCACGUCCAGAAGUACGCGGAUGACACAGCCAUCGUCGGGUGCAUCAGGGACGGCAGAGAGGAGGAGUUUCGGAACAUCUAAGAAGGACAGCUCCAGACUGGAGAAACUGAUCAGGCAGGCCGGUUCUACAAUCGUAAUGAAACUGGACUCACUGGUGACGGUGGCAGAGAAGAGGACUGUUGACAAACUAUACACCAAAGCCAUUGAAGGAUGCUUCAACCGGGUGGGUGGUGGGCGGGAGCACCUCUGACAGUCAUUUCCGUCAUUUUAUGCAGCAUAUCACCCUCGCCCACACAUGCAUACAUAUAUGCUCAUUACAGCAAUGUGACCUUGUUGCUUGAGGACCUGCCGGCCCUGUUUGGAUCCCCCCUUCCCAAAGAUGGACUCAUGGGUGUUUUGGUGGUUUCCCACCCUCUCAAUGGCUGUGCACCGAUCGCCCCCCCUCCUUCACUCCUGCCAGCUUUGGAGGCCAACACCACCAUAUUCAUAGCUCUCAUCAAACGCUAUGAGUGCAGUUUUGAUCGAAAGGUCUUACAUGCGCAGCAAGCUGGAUACAGCGCUGCCAUCAUUCACAACAUGUACUCUGACUCUCUGCUCAAUAUGAACGCCAGUAACGAUACCAUUGCAGGGGAGAUUGUGAUCCCCUCAGUCUUCACCAGUUUCUAUGCCUCUGAAGUUCUUAAGAAUUUUAUCAUUCCAGAUCAAGGAGCCUAUGUGAUAAUAAAGCCAGAGUUUGCGUUCCCACUCUCAUACUACCUUAUUCCCUUCACUGGAGUGGUUGGCAUGAUCAUUAUUGUGAUGUUUGUUAUCUUGGUCAUACGCUGUGUGCAGUACAGAAAGAGGCUCAGAAAAAAUCGCUUGUCAAAGGAACAGCUGAAGCGCAUUCCUAUUCACAAGUUCACUAAAGGUGAUGACUAUGAUGUGUGUGCCAUUUGCUUGGACGAGUAUGAAGAAGGAGACAAGUUGCGGGUUUUACCCUGUUCACAUGCCUACCACAGCAAGUGUGUGGACCCGUGGCUAACCAAGACUAAGAAGACGUGCCCCGUGUGCAAACAGAGGGUCACACAGAGCAACACAGAGCACUCCGAGUCUGAGUCGGACGAGGAGAGCGCAGGACGAGGAGGAGGAGGUGGUGGAGGAGAAGAAGGAGGAACAGACGCUGACUCUGAGCGCACCCCUCUUCUUCGCCCGUCAAACCCAGGUUCUCCCCCUGGCAGUCCGGGGGCCUAUUCAGCCACCACCACCACAGUGACCACCGCCCAGUGCAUCUCCUCGCCGGCUCAUGACAGCUCCCCCGUGGUGGGAUAUGAAAGCUACUAUUCCCCUCAGGAGGAUACAGACUCGGAAAGCUAUGAGACAGAGGAUGAGCGUCACCCCGGUGACGACGACACCGCUCAGCUUAUCGACAGGGAUACAGUGCGCAUCUGAUGGCUGAAUCGUCAACAUGACUCAACAAGAAAAGGGCCUUUGCUGUUCUCCUAUUGAUCACUCUGUACUCAGUUGAACCUUUUGUUGUAUUGUAACCACACAGCUCAACUUAACAAACACGUUGCAUUGAUCCGUUAGACUUAUGAAUGAAUGCCACACAUCAGUAAAUGUUGAAGGGCGAACACGCAAAACUCAAACUUUAGGAUGUUAAAGGUUGCUCAUGCUUCAAUUCUAAUUUAUGUGUGACAAUCUGUCCUUCACAUCUUUGCCCUGUGUUAAUGUUUUAGUUUUCCUUAUCUUACACACUAAAUUACGCACUACUAAAAUAUCUUCAGCUUAAACAAUAUUUUGCUAUUGGAUCAAUACAUAUCUCAGCUUCAGAUGACCAAGAUCUUAAGAUGAAUGGGUUUGUUAUAAACACAUUUCCAUUUUUCCACCUACUGUUUCGGUUGUGCCUAUCUAUGUAAAAACUGCAUGCCACAUCAUUUUUCAACACUUACGAAGUUUUUACAUUUGUUGUCACAAAUGUUGCUUUUUGUUGCGCACCAAGAAAAAUGUUGUGAUGUCAGAUAACAAACUGACACUAGUUUGACAACAUUCUUUCUGUGGGUGCAGCCAGUGGUCGCUGUAAUGACUUAAUGCAUCACACAAACAAAACAAGUACAGUUUUUUUUCUGCCACGUCUUUUGGACUGAACAAAUAUGGGUUUGCCUUAUAUUGUACAUUAUGUACAUUUUAUGUGGGAUACCUUGUGUUCAAAACAUAAGAAGCUGCAGAUCUUUUACAUCUUUCUCUUCACUGUUUUUUUAUUUGUACUGUAAACAUUAAUGAGAUGAAGUAGUGUGAUUAAUGGGUAGCAAGUGUUUAGUUGCCACUAGAACAUGUUUACAAUGUUCCUGUGCAUCGAUCAGGUUUGGCUCUGUUAUAAAAAUUGCUGCACAUUUAACAAUUGUUUGUAAACACUGCUUAGUCUGUUCCGCUGCUUAGUGUAAAUACACUGUUUCACUUUAUCUUAAAUUCUAAAGUCAGCUAAAAAAGUUGGAAUGAGGGAAAUUUCCGAUUAUUGAAAUUGUCAAAUGAUUAUGUGGAACUGUACUUUAUCUUUAAUUCGCCACACUGAAAAAUCAAUAAUAUGCUAAAUUAGAAAAAUCUGUUAAAAUGAAAUGUCAUGCACUGCAUUAAUAGCACAUGCACAAUGCUUGUUAGUUUAUUUUAGCAAUAUAACUUUUUAAACAAUCGAUUUUAAAAUCACAGACGCUGCAGUAUAUGCUGAAAACGUGACAAUUCCAAGAAUGUUGCAGCCUGUGGGUAGCUGCAAUUUAAUGUCUGAUCUAUGGAAUAUUAAAUUGAAAAUUAAUUUAAAAAA